AUGGUUAAUAAGAAUUCUUCAAAAUAUCUACAUGUUAAUGAGAAUCAGGAGCAAAGAAUUAAUGUCAAUAAUGAUGUUGAAGAAACCGAUAAAUUAUUACCUGAUUCUCAUUUGUCAAUUAAUGUUACUGAUGUCAAUAAUAACUUUAAAAAUAACGAGAAAACCAAUGCCUUAUUACCUAACUCUCAUUCAUCAAUCAAUGUUACCAUCAAUACUUCGCAAGCAGUUGGCAUCGAUAAUCAAAUUUCAAUUGAUAAUGAAUGCCAAGCUGAAAAUAAUGGAAAAUUGAUUGAACCUAUGCUCAGUGACGAGAAAGUUGACGAAUUAUUACCUGAUUCUUAUUUACAAAUUAAUAUUGCAGUCAAUUCUUUACAAACGGUUAGCACCGAUAAUCAAAUUUCUCUUGAAAAUGAAUAUGCUACUGACAAUUAG